UAAAGAACAUCGGAAAAAGUCGCAACGGAAGUGCGAGCUCGACAUCCUCCAGACUACUGCCUCCACUUUCACCGGAAAUGACCGGGAACUUGGUGGCAAUCAGCCCGAGUAGGGCGGGCGGACGAGGAGGAGGGGGAGCAGGAGGUGGAGGAGGAGGAGGGAGUGGUGCGAACCAGUACCAGCCGAUUGUUUAUCCGGUGCGCAAGAAGUCCGUGAUUGAUCUCAGGCUUGACAUUGAAAAGGCCAACGAAACUAAAUACUGGAAGCCAGUACAAGAUUUCUAUGCAACUACUUUCGAAUCCUUCCUCGAAAUAAAUGCAGCCUUCAGGAUUGACCCUGAUAAGGACUACAAAACUACGGGAGAUGCGGGGAUCAAGUUUGAUUAUUUGUAUAACGUAUAUGAUCUCCUAGCAGAUUCAGACCAGGAAGUAAUAAAGUCCACGUUAAAGGCGGUCAUCGGCUGCUUGCUCAAAGACAAAAGGUUUAGUGAUACGACAAUGAUAUGGCCGCACACAAAAGACGACCUCCGAGCUUAUAUUAUACUUCUACAGAAUCCCAUAUUUACGCACGUGCAGACAUACGUCGUGUUCGCACAUCUCCUACGGGAGGUGGCCAGUCUCAACGACUACGACCAUCACUUCAUCGUGCACUGGUUCAGAAAAGUGCCCGUCGUGAGGUUUAAGAAGCUCAUUACGAUGAUACAUCAGUUCGUCACCGUGCGCCUGUUUCCACCCAAGGACGGCGACCUGCCGCCCAUGUCGAAAUGCACUUGGUGGAUUCCCAGCGCUAUAAAAGUGCUCGCGUUGCUUCAUGCUGCCAACGGAGUGAGCACUCCACCGCUGAUAAACCAUACAGAGUUUUACAACAGUGCCUUAGACCACAUGGACCUAAUGGCAGAAUAUUAUGCCUGGCAAAAUCCAAGCGCUCAUCCUGGGUUUUCCUUUUGCCAGUACCCCUUCAUUCUAAGCAUCACUGCCAAGCGGACCAUCAUGCAGAGAGAUUCCGAACAACAGAUGAUCAUUAACGCACGAAGAAGUCUGGUGGCGAAGGUUCAGCGGCGCCAGCAACCUGAUAUCGGCAUGCUCUUCCUCAAUUUGAACAUCCGGCGGUCGGAACUAGUGGAGGACUCAUUAAAUGAGAUUCAACGAAAGUCGAGUGAACUGAAGAAAAAACUGAAAGUGACGUUCGUAGGAGAGGCAGGCUUGGACAUGGGUGGCCUAACUAAAGAGUGGUUUUUGUUAUUAACACGCGCCAUUUUCCAUCCAGAAUACGGUAUGUUCAUCUACCAUAACGAGUCUUCAGUGUUCUGGUUCAACAGUAUCCCCACCACCGACCACUAUCAGGAAUUUCGCCUAGUCGGGGUCCUAAUGGGGUUAGCAGUCUACAAUAGCACUAUCCUCGACAUCCGGUUUCCUCCUUGUUGCUACAAGAAACUUCUUAACCCCGCCGUUGUUCCUGCAAACACUGCCGGUGUUCCACUAGGAGUGUGCACGAUGACGCUUGAGGACUUUGCUCAGGUUUGGCCGCAAGUUGCGAAAGGUUUAAAGGACUUACUAGAAUAUGACGGUGAUACGGACGAGGAUUUUGGCUUGACAUUCGAGGUGUCAACAACUGAGUUCGGUACUGUGCGCACACACCAACUAAAACCGGGUGGCGACACAAUCCAUGUCACGAACGAGAAUCGUGAAGAAUACGUGAAGCUGUAUGUAGACUGGGCUCUCAACAAAUCUAUCUAUCACCAGUUCAAAGCAUUUUACCUAGGGUUCCAUAGCGUCUGUGCAUCAAAUGCGCUGAUCAUGUUACGAUCAGAUGAGAUAGAGGUGUUGGUCUGUGGUAGUCCAGAGUUCGAUAUGGAGAAACUGAAGCAAGUGGCUAUAUGUGAUGGAUAUACAAAAGCCGACGUAACUAUCAAGAUGUUUUGGGACGUCGUGCUAGAUUUGCCUACGCAUUUACACAAGAGCCUUCUACUGUUCACGACGGGCAGCGACCGAGUACCGAUAGGUGGCAUGUCGGAGAUGACCUUCAAGAUAACUCGGGUCGACGCCAACAACGACAUGCUGCCUAUGUCACACACCUGCUUCAAUCAGCUGGUGCUUCCCGACUACAGAAAUCGAAAGGUCCUGAAGCACAAACUCAUCAUCGCAAUCUCUAAUGCGGAAGGAUUCGGAUUGGAAUGAUUUGAUUUCGUGGAGCGUUGCCGCCACCAGGCCCGUGUAGCGUUGCCGCCACCAGGCCCGUGUAGCGUGGGUACACAUCCUGCCUAUGGCAAAUUCGCCACUU